AUGGCAGACUUAUAUAGCGAAAUCGGAGACCUGAUCUCCUUUAUCUCUGUCGCAGAUGAAGGGUACGGCUUUCCUGUAGAAGGUCCCCUAUCAAUAACCCUCCCAACCCACACAAUCCAAGUGCGCAACAUCCACGAAGCUAUCGCCGCACUGGAGACUGUGUAUACCUGGCUUGACGAUCAGGAUGUCCAGCACUCUGCCCAGCUCGCAAACAUCCGCGACUGCGUGGUGAGAUAUAGGGAGAAUUGUCCCUCUCCCACAGCUAUGAGCGUCGUGUGGAGUGGUAAGAAUGCGCCGGCUAGCUUUGGAGUCUCCGCUACUGGCAAAGGUAAAACAGGCUCGACUUCGAAAUCGCAAAAUAAUGACCUACGGGGCGCGACCAUGGGACCACACGGCAACUUCACUGCGGUGGAACCUUGGCCUGUGACGAAUUGCGCUGAAGUCGACUCGACUCUGGGACGUGUACCAGGGGCGAAUCUGGUCUGGACCGAGAGGAUUAGGCCACGGCAAGGAAGUGUCGACGUACAAAACAUGAAUGACCAAGCACAGCAACGAUGGUUUGCGCAAGAAGAAGCGCAGAGGAGGUUUGGAAGUGCAGGGGCUUAUGGAAUGCCCGCGUGCGGAAAUUGUCAGAAACUACUGCAGAGUUAUGGUUCCUGUUCGGCGUGCGGAGCUUGCCCGUCUAAGGUGGAUGAUGUUUAUUCUUUGGACAACGGCCUCCUACCGCCCUUGUAUUGA